AUGACUCGUUCAACAUCUCGCUCUUCCUCGCGGACUAAGCCUGAGUCCUCAGCACGUGGACAACACGUCAAUAUAGAUGAUGCGGAAGCGUCAAUCCCUCAGCCGGUGCGCGGAGGUCUACGGCGUGGCCUAUCUGCACGUCAAGUACAAAUGAUUGCAAUUGGUGGUACCAUUGGAACUGGACUCUUCCUCGGAACCGGAAAAUCCCUUGCUCAAGGCGGUCCUGCGAGCAUGCUGAUUUGCUAUGGCAUAGUGGGAUUCAUUGUGUAUGUGACGCUAUUGCUGUUAGGGGAGAUGGCUACACAGUACCCGGUGGCUGGGUCGUUUAACGCCUAUGCAAUACGCUUUUUUUCGCCAUCUUACGGUUUUGCCCUAUCGUGGAACUAUUGGUUCAACGAUGCAGUGUCUGUCGCCUCCGAUCUCACUGCUGCUCAGUUGGUGUUACAAUUCUGGACGCCUUCAUAUCCUUGGCUGGUCAGCCUGCUCUUUUGGGUGUUCCUUGUAUCACUCAACUCCUUUCACGUCAAAGCUUACGGAGAAUUGGAGUAUUGGCUUUCAUUCCUGAAGGUCGUCACCAUUGUGAUCUUCAUCAUCCUUGGCAUCCUUGUCAAUGUCGGCGUCAAUCAGUCGCAUACCUACAUCGGAGCACACAAUUGGUACAUUCCUGGGGCUCCGUUCGUUGGUGGCUUUGGUGGUUUCGCCAAGGUCUUCGUGACAGCUAGUUUCGCAUAUGGUGGAACAGAAAGUCUAGGUAUCACCGCAGGAGAGACGGAGAACCCCUCGAAGAACAUGCCAAAGGUUGUUAAGUUUGUGUUCUGGAGGCAAGUUAGAAUUCUGUUAUUUUAUAUCCUGAGCAUCCUGCUCAUCGGCCUAAACGUGCCAUGGGAUUACCCGAAUCUAUCGAAUAAAACGACCACUACAUCCCCUUUUACGAUUGUAUUUACUCUGGCUGGUUCAACUGUAGCCGGGUCAUUUAUGAACACCGUCAUUCUCACCUCUGUAUUAUCUGCCGGUAACCACGCCCUUUUUGCGGGGACCAGAGUUCUCUAUGGCCUAUCUGUUGUUAGCCCCACCCCCCACGCACCUCGUAUAUUUUCUCGGACCACUCGGGGAGGUGUUCCCUUGUACGCGCUGCUUGCGACGAGUAGCAUUAGCGUGCUCUGUCUUGGCAGCAGUUUUAUUGGCAGUGGCCAGCUGUGGGGAUGGUUGCAAAACAUCGUUGGGGUCUCAAACCAGAUUGCCUGGUUAUCAAUUGGACUGGCUAGUUGGAGAUUCAGGAAAGCCUGGAUCAGACAAGGUCGAUCUCUAGACGAAAUGAAGUUUCGAGCAUCGUGGACGUGGCCAUGGGGUCCUUACUUUGUUGUGCGUGUUUUAAUACUGCUAGCUACCUUCCAAGGAUGGUCCUCUAUAUUCCCCACAUUCUCACCAGUGGAUUUUGUCUCCUUUUACAUCGAGAUACCCAUCAUGGUUAUCAUGGGCCUCUGCUGGGUCCUGGCUAAGAACGUCUUCAUAGACUCCAUACCAGUUCCAGGUAACGCCGAUCACCCUAAUGAGACGACCUCUCUGAUACCCCGCAACGCUGGAACCCAAGAAGCUCAUUCCAAGUGGAGGUCCGAUAUUGUGGACAUUCAAACCGUUGAUCUGUAUAGUGACGAAUACGCCGACGAACCAUUAGAUGAAGUAAAGGAUGAACCAAAGGCAAAGAGGUUUAGUUUCUUUUGGAGGUUGUAUGACAUGAUGGCUUAG